ACUAGCAUGCGUUCAAGGUCAUUGAACGUUGAAGGUUUUGGGGCGCUAUUCUUAAACUUCGCCUUUGUGUCGGGGGUGUUUGGUCUACGCAAAAACAUGGCAUAUCAACCUGAAGUUGUUCUUCCCGAGUUGUUCCCGGAGAAGAGUGUCUCAACAUUGCCAAGUGUACCGCCGCUUCCCCGCCCACCCAUGCUGCAACUAUCAUCAGAUUACCCACGUUGGAAGAAACGGAUGCAGGCGUUCCUCGACCUUGCUCCAGUGAGCCACCACUUCAUCCACGUCCUCAGCAGCCUAUCCGAGGACGCCUUUGCUCGCGCAAACGCCGCCGGGUUCAGCAACACCAAUUCUAUGCUGACUAACUGGGAGAUCCUCGAUCAAUGCUUUGACCUAAGGCAGAGCUCGCAACAUACCAUGCUCAAAUUCUUCUCCCGUCGGCAACUACCAGGAGAGAGUUUCCUGGAUUAUCUCCACGCUCUCCAGCUACUGGCAGCUGAAAUUGACUGUCACAAGGACCUCGCCAGCGGAGACCAGGCAGUGUGCACACGCUUUAUCGAUGGAUUGAUGCCCGGGGGACUGCGCACACACCUUCGACGUCAGCUUCCAAUCAGCACAGCCGAGUUACGGAGGAUUAUUCUUCGUUUCAUGGACACGGAGAACGACUACGCGUCUACACCAAGCAGCUCCAUAUGCCAAUUGCCAGCAGCAUCCACUGCAGCCGCAGUGACCCCCAUUCGCCAAGACCGUUCAAGAAGCCAACAGCGCCUAAAUGGGGACGUUCCGCGUCGCUGUUACUAUUGUCAACGCUUCGGGAAGAAGGCCCGCAAGUGUGGGCACAACCGCCAGCCGGACCGCAAAAGAAACACUGACGUGGUCUUACUGGAACAAGAGGAAGACGGUUUAUCUAGACUUGUUAUAAACGAUGAUAAUUAGCUCUUACUCCGGUUAAUUCAGGCCUGGGUUGGUUCAAAUAAACGCCUCUUCCUCGCCUUCUUUGUCUUCUUCCCUCGUCAGUUGUGGCUGUGGUCCGCGUGUGUUACACUUUACUGGGGACUGAUUUCUUGUUUGAUUAGUCGUCGUAAUUGUGUGAUGGUCCUUGCUACCUUUAUAUUUAGCCUUAGUGAUAGGUGAUCUCAAGCGCAUAAUGUCAAGUUCAUAGAGCAACGGCCAAAAUAACUCACUUCACAACUACAGCUGAAUUCAACUGUAGUACUUCAUCUCUCAUUUGAGGAGUCACGAGUGGUCGUGCAGAAAAUAUGACAUGUAGUUUACCAGUAUUAGAAGUUCUUUAAGUGGAUCGUCUUGACUUACUCUUGGACUGCGCAGUCGUAUAAGAAGUAUUGCAGUGACAUUGUACUAGUUUUUAAAUACAAAAGUCUCUCAAUUAU